UCAUCCGUGUUGUUGUUGAUCGGGUGCCGAUCACAUGGUAGGAUUUUGCGCAUGCGCGAGCUGUUAAUGGCUGAUGGAGAGAAGAUGCCCACUGCCUCCAUCCCCGUGUAGCGCAGGAGAGCUCCAGCCCGCUCCCGUUUGGCGCGCAUUGCGCAGACUGCCGUUUUUCCGCACAGCUGCAGGCCGCAGUCCGACACGAGAGGCCCGAUGUCCGUGGCUAACGCUAAACACACGGUUCUGAAUCCGGUGAUCCCAUACACUGGACCCAUACCUGGUGGCCUGCACCCCGGGGAGAUCAUCAUCGUCCAGGGCACCGUCCCCCCCGAUGCUGACAGGUUUCAGAUCGACCUGUCGAGUGGCUGCAGCACCAAACCACGCUCUGACGUCGCCCUCCACUUCAGCCCUCGCUUCAAGGGCUCGCCCUGUGUGGUGUGCAACUCCCUGCUGCAGGAGAGCUGGGGCAGAGAGGAGACGCUCCACCAGCUGCCCUACAAGCGCGGCGCCCCCUUCGAGACGAUCAUCCUGGUGCAUGAAGACGCCUUCAAGGUGGCGGUAAAUGGAGCGCACCUGCUGGAAUACAAGCACAGAAUUCCUCUGAACAGGGUUGACACCUUCUCCAUCUGUGGGAAAGUCAGGGUGAACGCUAUCGGCUACAUCCCAAACUCAGCAAUAUUCUCAGAAUCAGGGGACCUGAGCCUCCCUUACAAAGGCAGCAUCCUCAAAGGCCUGAGCCCAGGACAGCACAUCACAAUCAAAGGGCAGGUCAGCAUGUAUCCUCACAGUUUUACCGUGAACCUCCGGAACAGCCGGACGGAGAACAUCGCUCUCCACCUGAACCCCCGCAUGAAGUCCAGCGUGUUCAUCAGGAACUCGUACCUGGGUGAGUCCUGGGGUCAGGAGGAGCGGGAGCUGCCCUUCUUUCCAUUCUCCUCAGGAGAAUACUUUGAGAUCCUUCUCCUCUGUCAGCCACAUCGGUUCAAGCUGGCGGUGAACGGCUCGCACCUGUUCGAGUUCAGACACCGGGUGCAGGACCUGAGCAGCAUCGACCAGCUGGAGAUCAUGGGAGACCUGGAGCUCACCGACGUCAAGCUGUGGUGACUCGCACGGAAACCGGCGUCUCCGAUGCUCCUGGGUUCUGGUUAUCGUGCUAAAUUAGCUUAGCCACAGCAACCUGGGCAUGGAUGGUUCUAAGCUAGUCUGGCACGGAGGCCGUGGACGGGUCUUAAAUGAACGGUUUCCAGCUGAGACUGGAUGAUGCAUGACGGUAAGCCGUGCUGCAGCUGACUGUGGUGUCCCUGGACCGUUUCUUUUCUUGUCUCUAGUGCAUCUCUGCUGUGAUACAGCCUGUGUAACUAAACCCGGAAAUAAAUGUGAAUGUUAAGAAGCUCUCGA